GGUGGAUGUCCAUGCAAAGAUAAAUAAGUAGCUUUUCACUGAUUUUCACAAGCAGAACAGCAAAAUGUCAGUGCAGUGAAAAUGUAUGUUUCCAAUAUGCUCAAGGAGCUUCAAUGAAGGAAGCUAAUACUAAUGAGUUUAUUUGCUGAAGCUGCAAGCAAUCAUUUGUUUGAUUGAUUUUUAAACUUAAAUGGAUCCUGUUUUUGAUAAGAAGCAUGGAGAAGGAGUCUUUCCAGGACCCCACAAGAUCAAAUCGAAGACGUCAUGUCCUAUCUAAUGAAAUUUGGGAUGAAAGAUGCCAACCACAAUCUUUAACCUCAUCUCAGAACUGCCAGAAGAUAACUGUAAAUACCACUUGGGCCACUGCAAAGUCUGGCCAAAGGGAUGGGCAGGCUGCAUUUCCAUGGUUUGGAAUGGAUAUCGGUGGAACUUUGGUUAAACUGGUCUACUUUGAACCUAAGGACAUUACUGCAGAAGAGGAACAGGAGGAAGUGGAAAACCUGAAAAGCAUUAGGAAAUACUUGACCUCAAAUACAGCCUAUGGUAAAACUGGCAUUCGUGAUGUCCAUCUUGAACUGAAAAAUUUGACUAUGUGUGGACGCAAAGGAAACUUGCACUUCAUCCGCUUUCCCAGCUGUGCCAUGCACAGGUUCAUACAGAUGGGCAGUGAAAAGAAUUUCUCCAGUUUGCACACUACACUCUGUGCCACGGGAGGUGGAGCUUACAAGUUUGAGGAGGACUUUAGAACGAUUGCUGAUCUACAGCUCCAUAAACUGGAUGAGUUGGAUUGUUUGAUCCAGGGCCUCCUUUAUGUUGAUUCUGUUGGUUUCAAUGGCCACCCAGAGUGCUAUUAUUUUGAAAAUCCUACAGAUCCUGAACAGUGCCAGAAAAAGCCUUACUGCCUUGAUAAUCCAUACCCUAUGCUGCUGGUUAACAUAGGUUCAGGGGUCAGCAUCCUGGCUGUGUAUUCUAAGGACAACUAUAAGAGAGUCACGGGAUCCAGUCUUGGAGGAGGAACGUUCCUGGGGCUGUGCUGUCUGCUGACUGGCUGCGAGACAUUUGAAGAAGCACUAGAAAUGGCUGCAAAAGGAGACAGCACCAAUGUGGACAAACUGGUGAAAGAUAUUUAUGGAGGAGACUACGAGCGGUUUGGCCUUCAAGGGUCUGCUGUAGCCUCAAGCUUUGGUCAUAUGAUGAGUAAAGAAAAGAGAGAUUCCAUCAGUAAAGAGGACUUGGCCAGAGCUACUUUAGUCACCAUCACCAACAACAUAGGUUCUAUUGCUCGCAUGUGUGCAUUGAACGAGAACAUCGAUAAGGUGGUAUUUGUUGGCAACUUUCUCAGAAUCAAUAUGAUUUCUAUGAAGGUGUUAGCAUAUGCUAUGGAUUAUUGGUCCAAGGGACAACUGAAAGCUCUGUUUCUGGAACAUGAGGGUUAUUUUGGAGCUGUUGGUGCUCUUCUAGAAUUACUCAAAAUGACAGAUGAUCAGUGAUGAAGCUGUCUGAAGAGAUUACUUCUGCAGAUGCUGCUGGAUAAGAGUUGAAAGCCACUACAAGGAUGGAAGUGAAGCCAUUAUGGUAGUUCUACCUGCUGGAUUUGUAAAUAAUUUAAAAUCCUUUUAGCUGAUCUUUAACUUCUGAGUUUUUGGGUUUUGAGCUUAUACUUCAGAAUUCAUACUGGGAAUAACAAGUUGGUUUUUUUUCUGUACACUAUUUUUUAGGGGAAAAAUGUGCAAAGUGGCCAAACGUACAGAUUUUAUUGAUUUAUUUUAAAAAAGUGGAUACUGUUUAAUAUAGGGCCUGUGAUAUGAGGCAUCUGCCUUUCUUCUGGGGUUUACUGAUUAGUAUGGUAAUUUUAACUUCAUUUAGUAAUCACUCUAGGAGAUAUCUUAUUUUCAUGACGUUUCAUGAUUUGUUCUUGGUUUCAAAUGAAACUACAAAGCUGAUGCAUUUUGCUGUGAAAACUAGUAAUUGAUUUUUUUUGCCUUUCCUCAUUAGAUGAGACACUUUAUUUAACAUUUCCCCAGCCCCCCCCCCCCCCCCCCAAAAGAGAAGAAAAGAAAACAAAAAACUUCCUGUGACUACCUGUGUUUCUUGGCAAGAGUUGGUGGGGGCAGGGGUUUUAAGAUUGUAAUUUUUGUAGCAGUCAUGAUGGCAACAGGAACAGACUACUAACUGGUUUUGCAGGACUAAUUCUCCUCAAUAUUAAAAAUUUUUAACAGGAUGCAAACUAAAAUUUUAAUUAUUGGCUUGAGGUUAAAAUGAAAUUCUGUUUCUGAUGAAAAUCUCUGAUUUAUAUUAAAAGUUAUGUAGUACAGAUGUUAUUAAUAUGGUACAUAUUUGGCUGCAAAUGACAAAAGGAGGAGAUUGUUUUCAUUUAUUUAAAGACUUCUCUGUAGUCUGCAAUUUUUAACUUGAUCUUAAUGGAAAACAACUGAUAACUGCAUUAUUCAAAGCUCAAUUUCUAAAAUUAGAAAAAUAUUGACUAAUAAAUUUUCUGGUUUUGAGCUAAUGUUAACUUUCCCUCCAGGACACUAAGAUUUGUUUGUUUUUUCCAAUGUAUUUUCUACCUUUUUCUCGUUUGUGAAUGUCUCUAGAUUUUUCUUUUCCAGUUGCAUUAGACCCUUUUGAAAUAUAUGAACUUAGGUUGUGGUGUAGCAUGUAUAAAUUUGCUUUUCCUAGGCACCAUGAGGGCUCACAAAUCAGAGGCAGAGGCUGAAAUUCAGUCCAUAAAUUAUUUUGUCUUGCAAAACUUUGUGAUGUCACAUAAUGUAAAGGGCUCAUCAGAGGGACAUAGGUAUGCAGGAAAUCCACACACAUGUAUUAUCGAAUAUAUUUUUGGAAGGGGUUCGUUUCACUUUUUUAAUAGUCAUCAAUUUCCAUAUCUCCCAAAUGUUGAAAUAAAUUAACUGAAGUGUUAACUUGUCUGAUGGAAAUAAAGACCAUUACUGUUUUGAUGGUUUUAA